GCCCAAUCGCAGCCGGCGCGCCCGCGCAGCGCGCCGGAAGUUGUGUCAUACCGCCGGCGCGUCGUCUUCACGGCCGCGGCGCCGAGAUUAUUUUAACAUCCAUAUCACAUUGGAGACACCUUGGCUGACUGGAACUGCUGGUGGCUAGAAGCCAUGAAGAAACAUUUUAUGUAGAACUUUUACACGAUUGAAGCCAUGGCAUCGUCAUCAAAUUUAGAUGUUGGAGCCCAGUUAAUUGUGGAAGAAUGCACCACAAGCUACAGCCUUCCACCCAUGCCGGACGUUAAGGUGGAACAUCAGCUUGACUCUAGCACAGAGGAAGGCCCAGCUCAGAGUGUCACCAUGGGAAUGAAAUUCAUUUUGCCCAAUAGAUUUGAUAUGAAUGUCUGCUCGCGAUUUGUGAAAUCUUUGAAUGAAGAGGACAGUAAAAAUAUUCAAGACCAAGUUAACUCUGACCUUGAAGUGGCAUCUGUCUUAUUUAAAGCUGAAUGCAACAUCCAUACUUCUCCUUCCCCUGGUAUCCAAGUAAGACAUGUUUACACUCCAUCAACUACUAAGCAUUUCUCUCCAAUAAAACAGUCAACUACCCUAACUAACAAACACAGGGGAAAUGAAGUCUCUACAACACCUCUGCUUGUAAAUUCUUUAUCAGUUCACCAGCUAGCUGCUCAGGGAGAAAUGCUGUAUCUGGCGACACGUAUCGAACAAGAAAAUGUAAUCAAUCAUAAGGAUGAAGAAGGAUUUACCCCUCUGAUGUGGGCUGCUGCUCAUGGGCAGAUAGCAGUAGUGGAAUUUCUCCUCCAGAAUGGUGCAGAUCCUCAGAUUUUGGGGAAAGGGCGAGAAAGUGCCCUCUCCCUGGCUUGCAGUAAAGGAUAUACAGAUAUUGUUAAAAUGCUGCUGGACUGUGGAGUUGAUGUCAAUGAGUAUGACUGGAAUGGAGGCACACCCCUACUCUAUGCGGUGCAUGGGAACCAUGUGAAAUGUGUAAAAAUUCUUCUUGAAAGUGGUGCUGAUCCAACUAUUGAAACAGAUGCUGGCUAUAAUUCCAUGGAUUUGGCUGUAGCCUUGGGCUACCGGAGUGUUCAACAGGUUAUUGAGUCUCAUUUAUUAAGGCUACUUCAAAAUAUCAAGGAAUAACGUCUGGCUCUUCUGUGGGUUUCAGCUCUUGGCUUGGAGAUGUGGAGUGCUUUUUAGCCCUGUAAUCAGUGAUAGGGGUUGUUUAUUUUGUAACUUUACCUCAGUUCAAAUAUUUAACUGGUUUAACAUAUGUUUCCUCUUCUUACAUUGCUAUUUAUAGAAAUAUGUGAUGUCAUCCUUCUGCUAAAAAGAAAAUGUCAGUUGUUGUGAUGUAUGAAAACUUUGUGAAUAAAAGCAGUUUUGACUGUCUUAAAUGUUCACACCAAGUGCAAUAGGUGGUAUUGUACCAAGUGUCCUGCUUCUUCACAUCAUUGAUAAUAUAUUCACAGGAAGAAAUUUGUUCAGAUAUUGAGGUAUAUCACCAUAGAAGGUAGAUGUCUUUAUUGUUAAUAGUACCAAAAUGUGCACCAUGUAUGAUUUGUUUUUUGAGAUCCUCUGUUAAAAUUACUGUGCCAGCUUUUGUGUUUGAUUUUUAAAAAGUUGAUAAUAAAUUGGAGGACUUGGA